GCCCCAGCUCCAUCUUCUCGCGACAUCUCGUUUGUCAUCGCGGUGUUUGCGCCAUUUCGUGCAGUAGCAGCCUGCAGAGAGAGAAGAAAAGACCAGCGUUCAUGAAUUAAACCUCACAGUGUUUGUUGACAAAUUUCUCGGUGUCAGUAUCCUGCAGAAAUCAUCUGUGUGUAACUCAGUGAAACUAUACACACUGCUUAGUUGCAUUGGUUGUAGGGCUGUUGUUUAGCAGUCAAUAUGGCAGUAGUCAUCAGACUGCAAGGUCUGCCCAUAGUGGCUGGCACCAUGGACAUCAGACACUUCUUCUCUGGCCUCACCAUUCCUGAUGGGGGAGUGCACAUCGUUGGGGGUGAACAUGGUGAGGCCUUCAUCGUCUUCGCCACUGACGAGGAUGCUCGACUGGGAAUGAUGCGAACAGGCGGGUCGAUUAAGGGGUCCAAAGUGUCCCUGUUGCUUAGCAGCAAGACAGAGAUGCAGAACAUGAUUGAACUCAGCCGCCGCAGAUUUGAGGCUGGGGCUGGGGCUGUGGAGAUGGCUGCACCUACAGCAGGUAAUGCCAACCGACAAGGUGGUGCUGCACCCAUACCCACAGUGCAGUCCGGGGCGGGGGGGAGAAGCAGUAGCCAUGGAAACCAGGGUUUCAGUAACACCCCAGUCUCUGUAACGGCAGCAAGCUCAUCUCAGGAGCCACCGAGCAACAAGGUAGCAGCCAGCUUGGCCAGCAUAGUGCCCAGUUUCGCCAACAGCUACAGCUCUGCUCCCACUAUCACCACAGCUCUAGCAUCACUCAAUGCAGGUCCCCCACCCAUGCCUCCCCUUCCUAGCAUGACUUCCAUGCCCCCUGUACCCACACUACCCACCAUUCCAGUUCCUCCUCCAGUGUCUUCUCUCCCACCUGUCCCUACUGUCUCCCCACUUUCCCAAGGACCGCCAGUACCUCCUAUGUCCCACCUCCCCCACAUGUCCUCCCUACCUCCAUUUAACCCCUCCUUGCCUCCCCCAGCAGGCCUGGGCUCUGCCCUCCCUCUUGGAACCCACAACCCCAUGCUCUUCAAUCCACUUUCCCCCCUGGCCUCACUUGGACUUCAGGCCCAUAUGAAGGCUGCUGCUGCUGCCGCCCAAGGGGCAGGAGUGGCUAGUCCAGAUGAGUUAUUUGUUUUCCUGCAGAACCUCCCAUUCUCCUGCUCAGAGAUGGAAGUCAGGGAAUUUUUUAGGGGUCUUGGUGUGGAUGGGGUUCGUUUGCUGAGGGAUGGUCAGAGUCGGCCAACUGGCAGGGCUAUGGUCAAGUUCUUCUCUCCCCAUGACAGUUUUGAAGCUGUGAAGCGCGGAGGUGGAAUGAUGGGCCAAAGAUUCAUAGAGAUCACCCCGGGCUCAGAGCGUCAAUGGGUUAGCCUGACCGACAGCGGGGCAGGCCAGGUUCCUCACAAUAGUAGCAAAUCAAACAACAAUAACGACUCACAGGACCAGCAGCACCGCCGUGGUAAUGCUGGAUCAGGAGGCAGGGAUCAGCGUGGAAGGUCACGAUCUCCACACCGGCAGGAAUUCUGUGUCUACCUAAAGGGCCUUCCAUACGAAGCCGACAAGAAACAGAUAAAGGAGUUCUUUAAGAAUUUGGCCAUUGUAGAGGACAGUGUCUAUAUUGCAUAUGGGCCCAAUGGGCGAGCUACAGGAGAGGGGUUUCUUGAAUUCAAAUCAGAACAGGACCACAAGAGUGCUCUGGGAGCUCACAUGCAAUACAUGGGCUCCCGCUUCAUUCAGGUUCAUCCAAUAAGCCGUAAGGGAAUGCAUGAAAAGAUUGAUUCCAUCCGCAAACGUGAAGCAGCACAGGGUGAUGGCAAGAACCAGGAUGGCUUGAAAGCACCUAGGAAUUGCGCGCACAUCACCAACAUCCCAUACAAUGUCUCCAAGAAGGAUGUUCGUGCCUUCCUGGAGGGAGUGGGCCUCUAUGAGGAUACCUUGAAGGUCCUGACAGAUAGCCAUGGCAACGGUCUUGGCCAAGCAAUUUUCCAGCUCCAAACUGAAGAAGAUGCUCGCAAAGCUGAAAGACUGCACCGACAAAAACUCAAUGGCCGUGAUGCCUUUAUCCAUCUAGUGACGUUUGAGCAGAUGAAGGAAAUUGAGAGAAAUCCUCCUCCCCAGAACAAGAGGGGCCAACGCAACCAGAAUCAGCAGAAUCAGAAUCAGCACCAGCAAGCCCAGCCUAGUCCUCAGACACCUCAGAUCAACCCAUUUGCUGGGAUGAGUGGAGAGGAGUUUAACUUCCUCAGAAACACCAUGGGGAACCUCAACAGUGCCCCUUUUGUAACUCCAUUCUCUGCACCAGGGAAUGGACUGGCAGGCCCUCCUCCUCUCCCUCCACUGGCCACAGGACUGGGGGAUGUGAAUCUGGGCGUGGCUCCACCACUAGUUGCAGGCCUUCCCGGAGCACCAAUCUUGGAACCACCAGGCUUUCGUCCUGGUGCUGCAGGUGGAGCUCCGUUCAGCCAAGAUGGACUGAGAGGCUUAGUACCCUUUGACAAUGCCAACAGGAAAGGAGGUGGAGGAGGACAGAACCGGGGGGGAGGGGCCAACAACAACCAGGGACGUCCAGGAAGCGGGGCAGCUGGUGGACAGCAGGUGUUCACUCCAGGGGCUGAAGGUCUCCGGAACCAGCCUGCCCCUGGAGGUUCAAACAAUCCCAACAAUCAACGAGGUGCUGCUGGCCCGACAAUUGUAAAGCUUCAGAACAUGCCAUUCACUGUAACUGUGGAUGAGAUCAUGGACUUCUUCUAUGGCUACCAGGUGCUGCCAGGAUCAGUGUGCUUACAAUUCAGUGAAAAAGGCAUGCCGACUGGUGAAGCCAUGGUGGCCUUCCAGAACCACGAGGAGGCCACUGCCGCAGUCAUGGACCUCAAUGACCGACCUAUUGGUGCACGAAAGGUCAAGAUAAGUCUGGGUUAGUCCCACAACAAACUGUACAUGACAUUUGACAUUUGCUUGGAUCAAGGAUCCAGGUGAAACACAGCAAGCGUAAUCAACACGUGAUUCUGGUCUAAACCCAGACGUCAGCAGCCCUAUUUGGAUCUUUCCCUGCCAAUUGACUGUCAGUCAUAAUUAAAGCUCCUCCCCUGAGCGUAGCUAUUGGCAGGUAAGCCCCGCCCUUCUGCAGUCUGUCUGACUGUAAUCCAGACUUUGCUCUUUUCUGCAGCUGCUCCACUGACUUGGUAGCACAAACUGAUGACGGUUACGAUUAUGAUCAUGAUUUCGGCAGGACCUUUCUUACCUGUUUUUCAAGACAGUGCAGCUUUUUUUGUCAAAUCAUGUCUAGAGUUGACACAUGAAACGCACUCACUUGUUUUGUUGCUAUGGUAACACGAUGAUUGUAAUGUGGUGGACACGCAUUGUCGCUAUGUGCGCUUAAAUGUGCUGUGCUGCUGUGGUUUAAAUUUGACUCCUGCUCUGUUGCUAUGGUAAUAUCUUAACAUUCUCUGUUGCUAUGGUAUUGAUGAGCACAUACAAAAUGGUGCCGUGUUUAAAUGUCUAUGUUCUGUUGCUAUGGUAACACCAUGACCUGUCGCUACACUAAAAUGUUCAUGUUGUCUCUUGCUAUGGUAAAAAUCUGUUGCUAUGGUUAAACAUGCUUUAAGUGAAAAGCCUUUCUACUGCAGUGCACCGUUGCUAUGGUCAAGUCUUCACAUUCCAUGUUGCUAUGGUAAGAUUAUGAUUUAAAAAAAAAAAAAAAAAGCUAUGUUGCCCCGAUCAAAUGUUUGUGGUCUGCUAUGUUGAAAUGUUGACAUGUACCAUUGCUGUGGUAAAAAUUAUACUGACGUCAAGCUCUAUUGGCGACACUGUUGCUAUGGUAAAAUGUUGAUUAACUAUGUUACAUCAGUUUUCUGUUGCCGUGAAGAGGAUGUGGAAUUGACAGGUUGCUGACACAUGACUUGUCUUGUAAAUUGGGGCUGCUGAAUUGUUUCCAUCUGUCACAUUUUUAUGCUGUUUGAAUAAUGCCAUCCAUCAAACCCACCUUUUCCACAGCACAUGCUCUGUAGGUGUUUGGACUGUGGAGCGCUGAGAUAAAGUCUGUAGUGUUUUUAGUUUGGUAGCUUUUUGUUGUAUGUAUGUUUGAUAAUGAUUUGGAUGUUUCCACCUUAAACUUCAUUUUCUUUCUAUUGUCAGUGUGCACAAACAUGUAUGAUCGAAUAACCAUACAUAAUGUGGAGUCUCCUUUGCUUUGGUUAAUAAAGGGACGUUCCUCACCUGC